AAUGGGAGCAAGCGAGAAAGGAAGAAAAUUAAAAAAGAGACGGAGGACAAGUAGACGAGGCCAGUGCUGGCCAGGCAGCCUCAUACGACCUUUCGUACGGUGACUCCCGGCUUCAUUCUCGAUCUCCGGUCGAUACAUAUAGAUAUCUAUCCGUAGUGUAGAAUCGUGCUCGCGAGACAGAGAAUCAAUAUCCAUAUUUGUAUUCAGUGAAUUGACAAUUAAUCGGUGCAUCCAACCCUCUUUUGGAUUACCCAUUCUCGCGUUCUUGAGACAGGGCACUAGUGGUCGCAAUGUCAUCAAAGACGAGGGAAAGCUCACACGUUAGCAAAAAGAUCGUGAGUCAUGGUGGACCUAUAUCUGGACAGAGCCACUCUGCAGCCACGGCCAGCAGCCUCGAAAGCAACUUAGAUGCGCUGUUAGAUGAUCUUCAAACAACCGUAGCGAAACCAGAAUCGACGACAACGAGAUUAAGUCGAACUGCUCGUCCAAGUUCACCUCGAAUGGAUUACAAAACUGUUGCCAAUUCAAACAAAACUGUUUCUGAAAGCACCAGAACGAUUUCGCCCACACGAGGCACGACUACCACAACGGAAAAAUUCAUUACGACUGGUCCUGCUGGUGCGCCAUCCGGUAUUCCAGGACUGGAGUUGCUGGACAAGGAACUUCAAGAUGUGCAACCUGGACAAAGCAAAACUGUUGCCUACAAGCAGGUUUCUUAUCAUUAUAACAAGGACUUGGAUGGAAAACCAAUGGAUUCGUGGGCAAUGUCGGAUAAUCUAACGAACAAGACCGGACCGGCCUUGAUCGACUCAUUUGUUGAACGUAAUUUCGAAGAGUCGCGUACAACAAGAAGACACCAUAGUCCAGAACCAACCAAGUCAGUUGCCAGAGAAUUGCUAUACAGUGAUAACACUGUCAAAUCACGAAAUCCAUCACCACUUCGAUCAAGACAGAAGGAUGUUUUCUUCCAAGAAAGCAAAGAGAGUUAUCGGACCGAACCAAGGUCUUUGACAAGCACUUCACAAGAAGUGAUUGAGGAUAUUACACCUGCUGUGCCAGCGAAUUUGGCACCAGGUCCAAACACUAAAGUAACGACCACUAUCAAGACCUACACCUAUGAACUUCCUGGAGCACCCGAUACUUAUUUGAAUAGCAGUACUCUGGCCAAAAAUAUCGACAAGUCCGUUUCUUAUACUUUACCCAAGGAUUCAACAACCCAGAAAACAAUUACAUAUGAGGUGGAUCAAAAGGGAUACCGUUCAGCAAGUCCCGUGAGGUACUCUCCGAUCGAAGUUCCCACAAAAUCGAAAACGGUUCACGCUGAGGAAAAAUACUUCCGGGAGGAACGCCAUGGUUAUAGACCGUCGAGUCCAAGUUAUCAAACCUCCAGCAACACUACGACUCUUUAUCGCGGAACCCCAUCACCAACUGGAACUUCCAGCCUCCGAAGAAGGGACAAGUACUCAGACAUCAAUGGAUACGGACCUCGAGGACCUGGAGAUUACACUGAUCACUCCGAGGUCAAGAGUACAACCUUCUACCAAAGUCCACCUGAUCCUGUGAGUGAAACUCGAACUGAAGUGAUCGAAGAACAUUACACCAGCAGAUCCCGCAGUCCACCUAGAACGUAUUAUCCACCAGUCCAGUCGACUGCGAAAGAAACGAUUUACAAAUUCGAGCAACAAUCCAGCAAGAAUUCCGAAGACCUUCGUCCCAAACCUUUCCCUACAGGAGGAGUCAAGGUUUAUCCUGCUAAGCCACCGGUCAGUCAAGAACCACCAGCUAAACUUGAAGACCUGAUGGCUUCCUUCUCCGAAUCUGAGAGAGAAGUUUUGAAUGACAUCGACAGGAAUGGGAAGGUUCAACGAAAGACAAAGGAGACGUUUAAAAAAGAAGUCGAAUUUUCAACAAAUACUCCGCCCAGAAGCAAGGCAGGAUCUCCCGUUUACUAUCCACCAGGAUCUGAAUUAUCGAAACGAGAUGGAAGUGGAUCCAUGUCACAAUCUGGCAGCGCCUACAUGUCAGACAAGGGUGAAUGGAAACGAGCGAUGUACGACAGAGAAUCAAAAUCCGAAGCGAAGUGGAAAGCCAAGAAAGGAAAAGUAGCAAUACCUCUCUGUUUACCACUCUGUUGUGCCGCACCCUGUGUCAUAAUGUAAAACAUCAACCACAGAAAAAAGACAGGCUGAGCCGCUAUUAGGCAAAGUAAAUCAAAAAUAAUCAUAAUAUUUAUACAAUUCAAAACGAACUGUCUACCGUUACAAAAUUUUCUGUAAGGCCCCUUUUUUAGCAGACUUUUUCGUCUAUUGGUUUAUCUACCUUUUAGAAAUAAUUUAUUUACCUAGACGUAAUAAUUGAAUCAAAAAUAUUGUUUUAAUUUUUCUCCUAUAAUUUUCUAUUCUAAAAGUGAAUUCAAUUAUACCUGAAUUCGCAUUAUUAAUGUACGAAUGAGCGUAUUUAUAAUUUAUAUCGACAUAAUAAAAUUAUUAAUUGUUAAUAUUAUACUUAUUGUCAAUAUAAGACGUUUUAAUUGAGAGAGAAAGCUAAAUUUAUAUUUACUUUCUCAACAUUUAGAAAAAUUCGAAAUUAAUUUAUAGUAAUCCCUAAUAUUUCUGUAUUCUUAAGUUUUAAUGGUGAAAAUACUAUCUUCUAAAUCUAAAAUAACUAAGGUGAAAUGUCUAAUUUAGUAAUUUAUUGAAUUUAGUAUAAUCUAAGUGUAUAUGGCUUAUAAAAUAUCCCUUAAGCUUCGAUAAUUUCUUAAACUUAUAUAAACUAUUAUAGAAAUUUGUAUCUGUCGAAUAAUUACUGAUAAUUUAGUAAAUUUAAAAGCACGCUAGUAACUCUGAUGCGACUAAUUUUGUACUCUUUAAUCAUAGCUUUGUAGACCUCAUCCGUGAAUUAUGGUGCUAUAAUAAUUAUAGAACUUAGCGAGCGUAAAAGCGAUAAUUGUCGACUGCGUUUCACAAAAUAGACACAAUUAUAACAGGAAUUAAACUUGAAAAGACUUUAAAAUAUACUCUUAAUAAAAUAAAUAUACCCGACAUUAUUACAAAAUGUAAAUCUUACAUAGAUACAGCUUUUCAAAAAAUCGAAUGAUAUUGUCUUCUAAAGAAAAACAUCCUGAUUGCUUCUCAAUAAUAGUGAAUGGCGUACACCGUGGCCACGCAAAAUAACGAAUCCUAAAAAAAAGUGAAAUAUUAUGCCUGAAAUUUUGUUUAGGAAGACUCUUUUAGAAAGCAACUUCCUAUGAAGUGAAAAUUUGAUUCAUUCUUACGUUCACAAAGUUGUCAUAGGCGUAACUAUCGGCUUCAGCGUCCCAAAUACACCUCGUUCCCAUUUUUACACCAGCGCCACGCUGUUCGCCCAUAACAACGUUUACAAUGAAUUUGUACUCUUUGCACUUCAAUUCUGAAAAUAUAUUUUUGAGCAAUAA